AUGCUCCUCUUAGAUUAUCAGAACGUUUUGAUCCAGUCCCUUCUGACGGAGCGGUUCUCUGACGCACCCCCCACACCCGAGUCCAAGACAAAGAUCCUCAUCUCGAUCCAUGUGAAAUGCUUCAAGGAGCUGGUUCAAUACGGGGCGCAGGAGGUUCUGGCCAGAGAAUAUGGCCCCUACAUCGUUUCCCCCGAGCCGGGUUAUGAUUUCUCAGUACAAAUCGAUCUUGAGAACCUCCCCGCGGAGGAGGAAGCUCGGAGUGACCUGAUCAUGAAGCUUGCCCUCCUGAAGCGGAACGCAAUGGCUGCUCCGUUCGAGAGAGCCUUCGACGAAUUCAAUAAGCUUGCCGAGGAGGCUUCCCAAUACACAUCAGAGUCAGCACCAGCGGGUAUUCAGGAGGGUGGUGAGGUCAUGGCGAUCCACUACCGUGAGGAGGAGGCCAUCUACAUCAAGGCCAACUUCGACCGAGUUACUGUGAUCUUCAGCACUGUGUUCCGGGAAGAGACGGACCGAAUCUUCGGAAAGGUGUUCCUUCAGGAAUUCGUCGAUGCCCGGCGACGUGUCUUGACGCUACAGAACGCCCCUCAGGGCGCCGGCGAAGGCGAAGUCAGCUAUGUUACCUUUGUCUUGUUCCCUCGUCACUUGACCCCCCAGCGUCGCUAUGAAAACAUCUCCCACAUCCAGACUUUCCGUGAUUACUUCCACUAUCACAUCAAAGCCUCCAAGGCCUACAUCCACACCCGUAUGAGGAAGCGGACAGCAGACUUCCUGCAAGUCCUUAACCGAGCCAGACCUGAGAAUGAGGACCGUGAACGUAAGACGGCCAGUGGUCGUACUUUCCGAGUGCAGGCUUAG